AUGCAUGUGUCAUUCUGUCUCGAACAGGCCAUCUACAUGAUUAAGUUAAUUGACCCCUCAUUACUAUAUAAGCACCCUGUGAAAGUCACCGCCAACGAAGAUAAGCUGUCCAUUGUUGAUACCAGUGCUGCUAUUCAGCGUCACGCUUGCAAGGAGUGUGGUGUUCACCUUUACGGACGUAUUGAAGUCGACCACGCUUUCAAGGGUCUUGACUUUGUCCACGUCGAGUUGUCUGACGUUAAGGGAUGGCAAGAGCCUCAAUUCGCUGGCUUUGUCUCUUCGAUUAUUGAGCAAGGCUUCGACCCAGCCAAGAUGGGUGAGGUCCGCGACAAGUUCCACUCCGUUGGUUUGGAUACUUUCGACGCCUUGAAUCCAACUUUGAUGGACCUCUUGGCCGCUUUCACUGCUAGGAAAAACGGCAAGUUGUGA